UGCGUAGUUCAUUUGAUAGAAAAGUCUCUAAUUCGUUGGACAUAAAGUCAGUUUUUGUGCGCUCCCAUCAACAUAAAAAAAAUAUUGGAAAAAAAGAGGAAUCUGUGCCAGAAAAGUUUAAAUUAGGAACUGAAAUUGAAUGAAAUUCGGGAAAUAGUUUUGAUCGCAAAGUGUCGUUCGAAUUGACGUACAUAGUUUAGUGACUGUUCCGUUUUCAACGUAUCAAAUUUACGUUCAUUGAAUUUUUCCCGACAAAAGAUACACACAAAAUUAGAAAUGGCUGAUUCUAUCGUCGAAUCGGGCAGCAGUUCGGUGUCGAUACAAGCACCAACCGUUUCGGGAAUCAAUCCCAUACCGAUUAUUGCGGCUGAAAUCAUUCAAAUGGAUACUAGCAAUCCACCGCCACGCCCUCCGCCGGACAAUGCUAGUCCGGAACCGGAGCUAAAGCGGAGAAAAAUCGAAUCAGCUGUAGCCAGUACGUCUGGUAUUAACGAAAAGCUAGAGCUGCGAUUAGGUGGAAUAUUAUGUUGUGCGGUGUGUUUGGACCUUCCAAAAACGGCUAUGUAUCAGUGUCAAAUGGGGCACUUAAUUUGCGCCAGUUGUUUCAAUCAUUUAAUCGCCGAUGGAAGAUUGAGAGAUCAAGUUGCAACAUGCCCGAACUGUCGCGUUGAAAUAUCAAAGAGCACUGCAUCCCGAAAUUUGGCCGUUGAAAAAGCUGUCUCCGAACUACCGAGUGACUGUCAGUUUUGUGGCAAAGAAUUCCCCAGCAAAUCAUUGGAACGUCAUGAACAAAAUGAAUGUGAAGAACGACCAACUACAUGCAAAUACAUACGCAUCGGAUGCCAAUGGAAAGGACCACUACAUGAAGCUACUGAACACGAAACAAAUUGUUCACAUCCAAAGAAAUCGGGCGCCGAAGUGAUGCUUGCGCUUCAGGCCACCGAUGCUACACAAUCGGAGGACAAAAAACUGUUCAACACUCUGAUUGAACUGCUGAGUUACGAGAAGAUCAUCUUCAAUGAUCUACAAAUGAAACCGUAUCGCACUGACGAAUAUGUACACAAAUUAUUCUACGAGACGUCUCGAUUUUCUGCAUUCAAUCAUCAAUGGGUGGUCAAGGCACGAAUUAAUAACGGUCAACGCGAUCCGCAUACGGUCAACGAGCGACAAAUUACCUAUCAGUUGAUUCUGAAAACGAAGACCAGCUCACCGUUGUCGAUACACUUUUUUGCAUUGAAAGGACCGUUUUCGGACAUGAAAAACAACACCCAGAUUUACAAGCAUGAUUUUACCGAUCAGGAAAACGAAAGCGAAUACUUUUUGCUUCCACUUCCGGACAGUUCGGAGUGCAAUCGACUGUUAGCUGCGAAAGCAAUCAAUUUUAGAUUAAUCAUGUUCUUACUUUCCAAAUAAAUGAAUGUGGCUUGUAAAAUGGAGACAGACCGGCCCCUAUACAUGAUUAGAUGUAAAUGUGAUUGCAGGCGGAAUAUUUAUGAAAGUUUGAAGAAGAAGUAGAAGAAGAAGUAGUAGAAGAAGAAUUAGAAGAUAAAUUACAAAGAAAUUAAGAAUGAAAAUAUUUAUGUAGAAUCUAUAUACAACCAUGCACCUAUAAAUGCAUCACCAUUAUAAUUAAUUAUAUUUGAGAGUAAAGAAAAAUCUAAUUUCUAUUUACAAAGAAAAUUUAUUUUUUAAUUUGAAAUUUUCUAUUGAAAGUUUCGUUCAAUAUUUUUACCGUUUUUUUUUGUUGUCCUAAAACUCGUAUUUAUUUACGCGCCAAAUUUGAAAUUUAACCAUUGCCAAUCCAAAAUAUUUUUUGCUCUAAGCCAUUUGUUCGAGUGACAUUUUACUUUAUCUAACACACACGCUAUAUUUCCAUCGAUUUAUCUUUAGGACCGAGUUUAAAUUUGGCUUUGAAUAGCAGAUUUUAGGAUCUAAUUUGAACUCUUCAAUAACUCUAAAAUCAAUAAUGUAAAAUGUACAGUUAAGAAAUGUAAUUAAAAAGAAACAAAACAACCGUAAAAUAGGCACCUACGAUAAGCGUUUCUCAUUAUUUAAUGUAACUAUAGCAUAACAAAAAGGAGAAAAGUUAAGAAAAUAUUGUUGCAUGACACACAUACACACUCACUCACCACCCAUAAAUACCACAAAACACUCACAUAGAA